CAGCUGAGAGAGAGGGGAGCCAGUCAGAGGAACAAAAAAACGACCUCAACCCUACCAGAGUACAGGCAGCAGCACUGGCAACCACCGCGGCUUUGUUCUACACUGGCUUUGACAACAAAAAAGGAGAGACAAAACAAGAUAGAUUUAGAUAUUUUACUCUUCUAUGCCAUCCAGAAAUUUUACACAGAUGUUCUCAAACGGGACUGACUACAUGGAUCACUGUGGGUCCUACGUGAAGAGAAGGAGGCAUGACAGCGACCAGUCUGUAUCUAGCACCUCUGGCCUGGAGUACACAGACCUGGAGGCAGCUGAAGCGCUGGUGUGUAUGAGCUCUUGGGGCCAGGGCCACUUCCUCAGCAGCAACAGGCCAAACCCCUGCAAGCCCAGACCCCUCACCCCGGCUUCAGACUCUUGCGACUCCCUCUUGCCGCCGGAACUUCCAGAGCCCCCGAAAGACUUUGUGUCCCUCUCCUCCCUGUGUAUGACCCCCCCUCACAGCCCCAGCUUUGUUGAGACUUCAACAUCCAGCACUGCGCUCCAGUCCAGCUCUGGCCUGGCUGUGUCCUCACAACACUGUGGGUCCGGGCUUCAUCACCUUGUCUUGGCACCCAUUGCUGCAAAGACCCCCUCUCUCCCCCCUCCGCCACAGCCCUGCAGAGCAAUGGCGACCAGCGUUAUCCGCCACACGGCAGACAGCACCCCCUGCCAACACCGCAUUCCAGUGGCUCCCCAUGCAGAGAAAACUAGAGAUACAGUAAUGGCUGCAGCGGCCUAUCGGCAGCAAUGCAUUACAAAGACUGAGCAGAUAAGCACGCCUCUGUCUGCUGCUGCUCCUCUCGCUCCCACAUUAUUCGCCUCAGAGCAAGCCAGACCCUCAAGACCCUGUUUGGACAGCGUCGCCACCCCCACUCCUGUCAAAACCCAACUGCAAAACAGCUCACACGCUCCCCAUGCCCUACCCCCGCCUUCACUCACCAGCCCUCAAAUCAUCUGCCAGAUGUUCCCCGUCAGCAGCCAAUCAGGUAUCAUCUCAGCCUUCAUCCCCAGUGCAGUUCAGACAUCCAGCACUGGGAUUCGAACCGCCACCACCUCCAUCCUCCCCCAGCCCGCCUCAGCUAACGCCGCUCCUGUCCAGCAGUCCCUCAUCAUGGGCUCAGCGGUGCCCCAGGGCACGGUGAUGCUGGUUCUCCCUCAGUCCUCCGUCUCUCAGGCCCCUCAUUGCCCUCAGACUGUGAUGACUCUGGGCAACACCAAGCUGCUACCUCUAGCCCCAGCCCCUGUGUAUGUGCCAGCGGGGCCCAGUGGCGGCACAACAGCCACAAAAAUUGACUUUUCCCGCAGGAGAAACUAUGUCUGUACCUUCCCAGGCUGCAGGAAGACGUAUUUCAAGAGCUCACACCUCAAGGCUCACCUAAGAACACACACAGGUGAGAAGCCGUUCAGCUGCAGCUGGGAUGGCUGCGAUAAGAGGUUUGCCCGCUCUGACGAGCUCUCCCGCCACCGGCGAACACACACCGGUGAGAAAAAAUUUGUGUGUCCUGUGUGCGACCGGAGGUUCAUGCGCAGCGAUCACCUCACUAAACACGCCCGCCGCCACAUGACCACAAAGAAAAUUCCCUCCUGGCAAGCUGAUGUUCGGAGCCUGAACAAAAUGGCUGCUGGCAAAACACCUCCCUCCAAACCUGGACUUGCCACACUAAGCAUGCUGGUGCCUGCCGGCCCAAAGUAGACAAUGAACACUGCUGCCAUCUUACCCACUCCCAAGAUACCACAGGGACACAGGGAGCAGCCGAGCACAUAAGGCUGCUGCUCUUUUACUCAUGGGAAUGAAAGAAAAAACAUGCACUGGACUAGUUUUUCCUCUCUACUGCUCAUUUGUACAUGUAUUUUUCUCUAAAAGUUUCUUUUGUUUACUUUGAUAUCAUUGAUAAUAUGGAUGCACUCUUGCCAAAGCCUUUGUAUGAAGUUUGUCUUAUACAUUUCACCUUCUCCACCCUCUCCUGCAACACAUUUGAUCAACAAACUUUUGAUAUAUAUAUGUCUAUGUGAAUGUAUUGUUUGUUGUACUAUGAAAUGCAUUUAUUUGUCAUAUUUGGGAAAAAUGUUAACAUGAAAAAAUAUGUAAAUAUGAAUAUUAAUCGUCAGUACUAUAAUUAUACAUUGAUUAUAUCGCCCUGUCUAACUUUUCAUAUUAUUUAAUACAUAUUUGUAAUAAAUAUACGAUUCAAUUUGA